AUGGAGGGCGACGUGCGUGUCCGUGCGGUGGUGAUGACACGUGACGACUCCAGCGGCGGUUGGGUCCCCCUCGGAGGUGGCGGCCUCAGUCACGUGGUCAUAUGUAAAGGGCGGAGUCACGAAGGCAGGGGGCGGAGAGAGUACGUCAUUCGCGGAGAGCGGCUGCGAGACCGAGCACCGGUGUUGGAGUGUGCGGUGCAGACGGGACUGGUGUACAACAAGGUGAACCCCAUCUUCCACCACUGGCGUGUGGAGGAUCGCAAGUUCGGCCUGACCUUCCAGAGCCCGGCCGACGCCAUAUCGUUCGAGAAGGGGCUGCAGAGCAUCAUAGACAAGCUCGACAGAGGCUCCGACUCGCCCUCUUCCUCCACACCAGAAGAUGGAGACACUGAGGAUGACGGCCAGGCUUCCCAUACAGGAAGCGAGUCGUCGUCCAACAGCAGGAAAGAGAUGCUUCCCAAGCCCGUCACCAUCGUGACGAGCGAGUCGUCCUCCGCCUGCUUCGUGCGGUCCGAGGAAUUCGGUUUCGGGGCUGGCCACCCUGUCACCACCCAGACACCUGCCCAGAUUCACGCCAGGCCGGGACAGCACCAACUCUCACAAGUUACGGCUGUGUUAAAUCCUCCGGCACCCCCGCCGCCUCCCCCGGCUCCACCUACUCCUCCCGCGGGCCCCCCUGCCUCGUCCCCCCUGUCGCCCCUCUCACCCACCAUUUCCUUGCUGGAGGAGGGAGACCUGCGCAGCCUAGACCCGUGCAAAGACCUGUGGGGCUCUCGGGGUUACGAGGACUACCGGCGUGCAGGGGUCACCAGGACUAUGGUCGGGGGUCUGACGGGCGGCGUGGUGGUCGGAGGUGGCGCGAGCCUGCAAGACAAAUCGGAGCUUUGUGUGGUCCGCUUUGAGAAGGAGCUGGCCGGCGUCGGGACAGCCGGCUGCGAGGUGACGGUGAGCCUGGAUAGUAAAGGUUCCCAGCGCCUGUCGUCGUCCUCGCCCACAUGCAUGUCCAUGCCCAACGCCAUGACGGGCGUGUCGCCAGGCUCACCCGAGAACACGGGUAAGGGUUCGCCCUCACCCUGCUGCAUCCACGCCUCCCUGGCCACGCCCAGGUCACGGACUCGUAAGCGAGGGGCCAGCGGGGGCAGCGGGGGCGGCGGUGACCCAGGCACCAUCUCCCCGGACGACGACAGCCCGUGUCCCCAGGGCUCAUCAUCGUGUUCGUCGCGCUGUGUGUACUGCCGCUCCGUCUUCAGCGCAUCGGAGAAUGGGCGGGGCCGCUGCAGAGACGCUCCGGAUCCGGCCCUGCACUGCCUGCGCCAGUGGACCUGCGUGUGGUGCGCAGAGAGCCUGCUGUACCACUGCAUGUCGGACUCUGAGGGGGAGUUCUGGGAGCCCUGCUCGUGUGAGGACUCCAUGGGGGGUCACCCGCACCCGCUGUGCUGCGCCCGCUGGCUGGCCCUCCUGGCCCUGUCGCUCUUCGUGCCCUGCAUGUGCUGCUACCUUCCUUUGCGCGCCUGCCUGCGGUGUGGGGAGAGGUGCGGCUGCUGUGGGGGGAAGCACAAGGCGGUCCGAUGA